AUGCGAAUUCCAGGGUUGAGAAGUGGAUAUGAUAGAGUUCCAGACCAAGAAGCUCAGGAACCUGUCCAGAAUGAGCCUGAAAUGAGUCAAGAUUCUUUACCCUUAGAUCCACCAGAAUAUGACUAUACAUUCGAUACAGAACCAUCAGAAGAGCCAGAUAAUGCUAUGGAACAGAUGGAAUAUGAGGAUGAUUCGACACUUCAAGAUUCCGUCGGCAAAAUACAGAGAUUUAGGGACAGUUUUAGUAAUAACAUAGUCAUACCUGUGAGGGAGAAGAUUAUGGAUCCACUAGCACAGAUAAUUAGCAUGGUUUCCGAGAAAAUAGACUACUAUCUAAAUAAAGUCGGAAAUCCUUUGAUCUUAAGGCGGUUUUUCUACAUCGUACUUAUGUCUAUCAUUGCGUAUAUGAUUAUGGUUAGCGGAUUAUUGCCCACUGAACUGAGUUUAGGGAGUAGAGGAAUGUUUUCGGACUAUCAAGUAUUAAUGGAUUACGCAAAAGAUUCUGUGGACUUAUCUAAGUUUGAAAGGGAUGUGGAAUAUAUCAGUAGCAUGCCGCACAUGUCAGGUACCAAAGGUGACACUGCAGUGAGAAACUACAUUUUGGAAUCUUUUACCAACAAUGGUAUUAGAUUAAUAAGAGAAUCUAAUUAUAAUGGAUACUCUAACUAUCCGAGCGAAGUUUCGUUAAAGGCAGUGCACAAUGGUCAAGAGGUGAUCAUUAAUGUAAACCAAGAGAAUUUCAACCCACUAAGCAAAGAUGGUGAGUUGAACGGUGUAAAUUUGAUCUUUGCUAAUAAAGGUUCAUUACAAGACUUGGAAAAUUUAAGACAAAACGGUCUUUUAAAUGGCGAAUUUAUUUUAUUGGAACAUUACGGUAGUGUAGUUAGUGAACAAGUAUUAGCGGCUGAAAAAUACGGUGCUAAGGGAAUCUUAUUCAUUACAGCAGAACAAGAUGGUAAUGGUGAUGUAGUGCAGGACAGGUCAGUAGGGAAACCACAGGUUUGGCCAGGUGACGCAUUGACCCCUGGCUGGCCCGGUAAUAGUUUCCAGAGUAUAGAUCCAAAAUUUGCUACUGGUCUUCCGCAUAUUCCUACAAUGCCACUUUCAUGGAACCAAGCUUCCAUACUAUUAAAUCUUUUAUCAAAGAGUGGUGUACAAUUUGAUGAUUCAAGCUUCAGUGGUCAACCAGGUGAAGCUCUUAUAAACAUGAAAGUUAAGACUACGGUUAGAGAAAGACAUCCGGUAAAUAAUUUACUGGGUAAGAUCGAAGGCGGUGAACAAAAUGAUAAAGCAAUUAUAAUUGCAGCAUCUAGAACAAGUGUCUUUAAGGGAACCUCCUAUCCAUCAUAUGGCACUGCAAUGCUGUUAUCUAUUCUUCAAUUAUUCCAAGAGCUAAAAUAUAAAUUCGACUGGAAGCCAUUGAGAAACGUUUAUUUCGCAUCAUAUGGUGGUAAUGAAUUCAAUUUAGCAGGGGCAACCGAAUUAUUAGAGGAGAAUGCUGGGCCUUUGAAGGACGAAAUCUAUUCUGUUAUUGAUUUGAGUCAAUUAACAAUCCCCACCGGUGAGAGAAAAUUGGACAUACAAUCACAUCCGCUUUUACAAGAAUUUUUCGAAAAUGAAGAGAAUAGGUUUGGGUACAAUGUUAAUGUGAGGGACGUCCAAGAAUACGGGGACUGGAUUCCAUUGAUGGCAAAUGGUGUACCUGUAUCCGUAAUUUCUUCACCAGAUUUCUUAGAGGGCAAACCACCACUUUUAACAUCUGCAGACGAUUUCGAAAAGAUUAAGGAUAUACUACACGACGAUAAUCAACGUCAAGCGGUUUCUGACCUAUUACUAUUUUUAUUCCAAUCCGCUCUCAAACUAGCUGAUAAUCCAUCGAUUCCCUUCAGUGUAAUGAGAUACGUCCAUGUGGUGGACAGUGCUAUACAGGAGCUAGGAAACAAUUAUCCGGGACACCUGAAUUGCCAGGAAGUGGUUAAUUCGCUUUUAUUAUGGAAAAAAAUAGGUGAAGAAUGGGCAGCUUGGUCAAAAAGUUGGGAUAAUGUCGUCAUGGUGAGAGACGAAGGUAUUGAACCUUCAUUGCUUUCAGUUCACAGGUGGACUUGGAAUAAAAAGCUAGCCAACAUCGGUAGAAGACAAUGUAAAAACGAAGGUUUACCCAAUAGGGCUUUCUACAAAAACGUUCUAUUUGGCCCCGCUUAUUGGACGCAAGCCGUCAAGGGAGACCCAUGGAUUUUCCCAUCUGUAAAGGAUGCUAUCGUAGAUGAGGAUUGGAACCGUGCUCAAAGUGAAUUGAAUAGCGUGGCCCAGAUCUUGCAACAAUCAGCAGCUCUAUUCCUGGAAGAGACUAAUGACAUUUAA